CUGCACUACGGGACCCUCCUGGGCAGCAGAGCUUGUGUCCACAUGGCAGCAGCUGCCUGGGCCACUGGGUUUCUCAAUGCUCUGCUGCAAACAGCCAAUACAUUUUCACUGCCCCUGUGCAAGGGCAAUGCCCUGGGCCAGUUCUUCUGUGAAAUCCCCCACAUCCUCAAGCUCUCCUGCUCACACUCCUACCUCAGGGAACUUGGGCUUCUCAUGUUUAGUGCUUUUUUUUUUGAGGGAUGUUUUGUGUUCAUUGUGGUGUCCUAUGUGCAGAUCUUUAGGGCCGUGCUGAGGAUCCCCUCUGAGCAGGGUCGGCACAAAGCCUUUUCCACCUGCCUCCCUCACCUGGCCGUGGUCUCUCUGUUCAUCAGCACUGGCUUGUUUGCCUACCUGAAACCCUCAUCCAUUUCCUCCCCAUCCCUGGACCUGGUGGUGUCUGUUCUGUACUCGGUGAUGCCUCCAGCAGUGAACCCCCUCAUCUACAGCAUGAGGAACAGGGAACUCAAGGAGUCAAUAAGGAAAGUGAUGACUGUUCGAUUUUCAAAAGCUGUAAUGAAGUGACGUCCUGCUUCUGCAUGUCAGUUGUAAUAUAACGCAUUGCUACAUUGCUAGUUCAACCUGAGUUCUGUAGCUUUUGUGUUUUGGGUUUUUGUUUUGUUUUGUUUUGUUUUUUCUCUUUGGUGUUUGUUUUUCUUGGUUGUAUUAAUGCUAUCCAUAGGCAAAAUUAUUUGUCUUCUUAUGGCUGUGUCCAUAUUUACCUGUCUUUUGUGUCCCAUAGUCUUUGUGUAAAUAAGAACCCAUACUCUCCAUGUGUAUAAAGUGAAAUAAAGGACGCU